AUGGCAGAGGCUGUGAGGGAAAGACGCAGUACUCGAAAACACACAAAACAUAAGAAAGCCAAAGCAAAAUCAGCGAAAUUGGAAACACCCCUCAAAGAUAAUGAUGAAGAGGAUCUGGAAGACUUUUUACCAGAAGCUGAUAUUGAUUCAUCAUUGCUUCUAGAUCUGCCUCCAGCUGUGGAAAUUACAGAACAGAGAGAGACACAUGGUAGUCACAAUGUGGGGGAGGAAAUAGGGGCAGUAACUACUGUGUCAAAAGAUGGAGGGAUGGAUAGUGAAAGUACCAGUGUCACUGGUACUGUAUCUAAUACAGAUAGAGGUUCAGAAAACAGAGUUGCUACACCGGACAAAGUUACAGCUGAUACUGUGAUAACUAUAGUAAAUAAAGAACAUGACCAAUCUGAAUCUCAAAGGGAGGCUGAGAACAAAAGUGGCCAUCUUUCUGAUGUAGAAACCGCUGUGGGAGGACCAGAAGUAGAUCACAAGGUGGAUCCAGGGGUUAACUUGUCAUCUGAUUCUCAGGUUUUAGAGAAUCAGGACUUGAUUUCACCAUCUCAUUCUGAAGAUAUCAUUAGUGGACAGGAGAGUUUCUAUUCAGCCACAUCUACACUCAGUGAGAAAGAAGUAGGUCCAGUAGUUUCAGACAAGGAUGUCAGUGAGACGUUAUCAAAUGAUGCAAAUUUGCCCAACAAAGAAAAAACAGAGGCAUCAGAAGUGAAUAGUGAUGCUGGAACGUUAUAUCCAAAAAUCACUCCAGUUGGCCCAAACACAUUAAAACUAUUAGAAAAGGACCUAGAAAGAUUAGGAAUCAAAACCACAUCUUCGCAACAAGAUGUUGCAAAUAUUUGUAUGGAAAAUCAAAGAUCAAAACAAUUGACAGAGUUACGGGCUAAGGAGUCAGCACCAGCCAUGAUUUCUAUGAGGGAUACUGCUCAAGGUCAAGCAACUUUGAUUCGCAAGUUUCAGCCUCUCACACUGGAACAGCUUCAGAGUUUAUAUUACAAUCCAGAGUUGGUGAACAAUGUCCAUUUCAUUGAUAAGUUUGUACAGAAUGAAGCAAAAAGGGAAAACCAUGAAUUCCUUGAGAUCUUGAACAGCUACCUGAGUGCCCGUAGACAUUUUCUACAGGCCGAAGGAGAAAUUAAUGCACUUCAGACAAACUAUUUACAUAUGCUGGAGCAAGUGUGGACAACAGCAAAACACUCCAUCAAUGCUAAAGGACCUUGUGGGGAUGGCUCUCAGUGUAAAACUACCCAUCUUUACGACAUGUGUGAGUUCAGUGAGCCAACCUUUGGUAGUAUGAAACAGAACCUAGAGUCUAUACGACACAACCUACAAAACCAGUUUGCCUUGUACUCCUACUCCGUACAGUUAGCGAAACUACAGGUGGAGUCCUACAUUCAUGAUCUGUUCAUGAGAUCACCAGUUCUGCGAGACAUGCCAAGAAAUGCACCAGUCAAUGCUUGCCUACAUCACAAUUCUAACGAUGAGCAUCAGAUAGCACGACUGCGGGAUUGUAUCUCUGUCCUGUUUUCAUUUCAUCGCCGCCCAAUCAAUGAUGAGGAAUUUGUAGGCAAUACGAAAAAAUGGACUCUUAGACUGGUGUCAGCACUAGCAAGGGUAGCCAGUUAUAAUGAUCAUCUGUUUAUCCUGAAUCAUGUGAUGCGGUGCCCAGCAGGGGUAGGGGAGUGGGCUGCCAGCCUUAUACAGGUCCCGCCCGUCUCCCAUGCUACUUCCCCACCCAUCAACAUCGGUAGCCCCAUACUUGAUCACCUGAUGACGUGUCUUGCCACCAUCCUCAUGCCUAUUAAGGGCAGAGAAGACUUCAUUUGUCUGAUGAAGGAAGGCAUCACUCCUGACCCCCAACAUGGUAACACAUGGAUAAUGGUGGAUUCCGAUGGAGAAGAGGAUGAAGAUCCAAAGAAUGCCUGGAUGUACCUCUUGGAAAACGACAUUGUGGCUAUAUUGAAUCAAAUUCCUAUGGUGGAAGCAUACAAACACAUCAUGCUCAUGACAAAAAACAAUGAUGGUAACACAGGUUCUUAUGGCUAUAAUGUGAAGCUGACGACUGACACUGUGUUGAUUAAGCUGUUUGCUUUCUGUACCUGUCUAAUCAACCUGUUAGGAUGGGGCCUACAGACUCAUACCCAGGGACGAUACAGACAACUGAACAAACGCAUUGGUCGAAUGAUCAGACAAUGUGUUCAGUAUGUAUCAUACCACUGGGAGAACUUCCAGGAGGCUAACCGACACUUGCUGCCAUGGGAACUGUUGGAGAGACUACAAAUGGAAUACAGUCAAUUUUUCCUGAGGGCCACAAAUUGUAUACUUACUGCUCAAAGGCUGGGAUGUUGGCAGUUUAUGACAGACAUGCCCUACUCCACAUUAUCAGGGGAGAUGGCUUGGCAGCUGGUUUGGCUUUUCCACCAGGGCCGGGGACAGACUAUCAACCCGGACACUCUGCCUUCGGAGGAUAUCUGUAGGAAGUUUAUCUCUAACCCAGACAGUAGACAACAGCUUUGUGAUUCUGUACAACGCUUACCAACAUCAGAAGCUAUUUACCUCCUCACUGCACUGGCCAACAUUGCCCAGAGUAGACGGCAGCAGGAAAAUGACAUCAUACAUGCCAUCUGUUUCUGUAUAUUUGAGGUGUGCUAUGUUUGCAGUAAUACUAGAGAGAUGUGUUCCAAGGUUGGUAGGGAACUACUGGCUGCUAUAGCAACCAUUCAUCCCUUCAUCUUGUCAAUGUUGAUACAGGAGGCCAAAGACAACAUGGAUAACAUUGGAAUGAUGGCUGUGUACCUUUUCAAAGAGCUCCCGUUUGACAUAUGGUUGCCAAGGGAAAGUGAUUUUGAUGUACUACGGCAAUGGUUGCUAUCUACAGACUUGACAGACCCUAGCAACCAGGUGGCACGACUAGUCCUCAAUAAGAUCAACUGGGGGGUCGAGUCAGAGACAAAUCGCCUCUUUGUGCCAUAUGACUUCCAUAAGAUGACCGCCGUUCUUUUGACUGAAGCCUAUGAAAUGUUUGUAACAAACAAGAACCUCGGCUUCUGGUUUCUGAAAGGAAUGAAACAGGUGGCACAAGUAGUAAAACAACAACAGACCAGUGAGCAGCAGUUUAACAACUGGAGUUGGGAAGUUGUGAUGAAGCUCCAUUUACACAUCAGUUGUCUCCCCCUACCCGACCUUGCCAUGUAUAAAUCUGCUGGGGGUCCGCCUGAUAUCACAAAGGACAAUUCAUUCUUGGCUGUAUCUAAGGGAGUUAAGGAAAAGAACCCGAUGGCCUGUUUUGUGGCUGUUGUAGGAACAAGUCAGGGUCACAAUGCCACUGAGUUCCUGGCAGAGGGUCUAAGUCAGUUGUGUUGCCUAGUGGAGAACAACCACUACAGACCGGCACUGCUUGUUCUAAACUGUACCAGUUCUCUCUUCCUUAACAACCCAAAGAUUGUCACUGAAAAUGACAGGUUUAUGAAGUGUAUCAGUGGACUUCUGACAGCUGAUGACUCCAUCCUUAAGAUAAGCAAAUUGUGGACUGUGGAUUUCCCCGGACCAAUGACCAAGCUCUUCUCCUGCAUGAUCCAGGACUGUAUAGACAAAGCUGCUACUUUACCAGGCAACUCAGCCCUCUUUGUCGCAGUAGACUUCUGGAUUCGUGUCAUUAUCAAGACACCCAAGUGGUUCCAGGAUAGGAAUUGCUGCUAUAUAGUGGAUAACCUUGUGAAGGUGGCCUUCACUCACAAGGUCGGCAUGGAGUUGAUACAGCCGUCCUUUCAGGAGACUUUCCAAGGUCACUAUAAAGAGAGUGCCCAGCAAGGAGCCAUGUCUACCCUUGUCAGCUGGAUGUCCUCAGGGAGCAAUUGUGCCAUGAUCCCAUCCCUCAUAGAACGCUUGGCCACUCCUGAGACCUUUGGUUGGCUAACAUUCCUUAUAUUGGACAUUGAGUAUCAUGCUGAAGCUGAAAGCAAAGUGUGGUAUACACUGAAGGAAGAAAUCCACAUCGAGCCCAAGCUGUCACCAGAACAGGCUCUUAAGAAAGCUGUGACCAAACUGAAGCUACAGGUGUCUCCGGGGCUACACAGCCUUAAUAUCUAUCGAUGGGGGCGCCAGGCCCUGGACAUGGAUGUAGAACACCCCAUGGCACCCCUUGUCUGGCAACGCUUCUUUGGCCUAUUUCUUGGUAGAAUGUUAUCUCAGGUCAGCAUGCAACAGCGAGCCAGUGUUGGAGAGAAGUUCUAUGAUGUAAGCAAGCAUACCUCUGAACUUAAAAAGAUGAAGAAAAAAUUGAAGGAAGCAGUGGAUUAUCACAUCAAUUACCAGUCACAGAUACAACACCAGGAGGCUGAGUCCACCAGGGCUGAGGAAAGGCGAGAAGAGACCGGGGAGGUACAAACAUUAGAGGAACAGUCCUUCCUUCCCAGGCGUGACUUCCAUCAACAGCUCACAAGAUUGUACCAGACCUUUCAAUUGUGGACGGAGGAGCCAAUGUUACAUGAUGCUAAACUUUAUCUACCUGCCCUUCCUCCACAGUACCAGUCAGAUAGACUCCUCCUGCUGUUUCAGAACCAAGUGGAUCCAUGGCUGGAGACAGUUGACCAUGACAGAGUUGUGUUUGAGCUGGCCCAAAUGACAAGUGAAUGGAACUCAUCACUCCUGGGAUCAGAGGUCAUACAUACCAUUACCAAGGAAACAGGGAUUACAGCUACAGCAACAGAAAAGAUAAAAAAUCGUCUGGAAAAUCAUGACCCUGUGAGAAUGCUGCCUGACCUGCCACCUCUGAAGGCAGUCGUUGAGGACAUUAGUAUCACUGUUAUGCAGGACAGAGCAGCCAUAAUGCAUGUGUUGAAAGCAGAUCUCGUUGCACUGAAAGAAUAUGCCAAGUCGUUUACUGCCCGGACAUCACAACAUGUCGCCUGUGAUGAGGACUUCAGUAGAUUGCUACCCCAACUUUACUACAACAGACCUAAACAGGUGAAGGUCACCAUAGAGUGUAAGAGUUCCAUCAACCCCUUACACAAGUGUUCUAACCCAGCUGUUGUCAUUGUUAAUAUCAGGGAAAAGGCUACAGAUGAGGUGGUCCAGAGACAGACUGAUGAGAACCGAGCCGAGUUUAAACAGCUGUUGAUAGAGGGAGUCAAUCCUCCCCCACAGAAUGUUUGUGUGUCUGUUGUCCACGUAGAGAAUGCCAUCACAAUGUUGGUGAAACUAUCCCGAAGCUGUACAGAUGAUGCCCGAUUGUCUUACUACAAUGAUGUGGCAUGCUCAUUGUUCUUUCACCUGGCAGAAUCAUUCAACCAUGAUAUUCAGUUUUACCCACCGACUCGACAAUUCUUUUCUUCUUGUAUGGACUUACUUGGAAAGGAGUUUAUACAACAAAAUGCAAGUCAGACAGAGUUUGUGCUGCAGUUUUCAUUGGACAAUCCAACUAUGGCUGGCCACAUGUCACCACACUUCAUCCCACUCAACAGUGCCCAUCGUUAUGUGACCAUGUAUGAACGCCUGGUUCAGGUCCUACAACAAAAGGCCCCUCACCUUGUGUUUACACUCCUUACAAAGUUUGACAUCGACGAAUGGAUGACAAAGGCAACUCCAGCCCAGACAGAGAUAAAACGAUAUGGAGAGGUGUUAGGACGGGCCUUGUAUAGCUGUGGGGCCAACCCAGACAGCAAGCAUGAGCUAGUGUUUGAGAUUUACUGUACACAUCUGAACAAGCUGCUCCAACACAGAUUUCCAAGCAAUGUCAUGGUGGUCCUGAAUAUACUAUUACAGGGUUCAGACAACCAACAGAUCCACGUAAAGUGCUGGAACCUCUUACAUAUGGCCUGUUUUGGAAACAAAGAGGUGCAAAGGGAAGGGUCACCUAGUAAGGAAAAUGAACAGGAAGUUGUACUGACCACCGACCUCACAACUGACCAGGUUCAAGAGGUGCUCCAGUGGAUGGGUACCUACUACCUCCAGCUGAGGAUGUCUUCAUCAGACAUGUCCAUGUUUGGCCUCUACCCCAGUCUACAGCAAUACAUCCCCUACCUAAAGUGUAUCAUCAGGGAUCUGUUGGUGUGCCUCACUCACAAGAUGGCAUCACAGAUACAAGAUGACAACUAUAACCAAGUACUGGACUUGCUUUGGCAGACAACACUAGCAACCUUUAACCCCUGGUUACAAACUCACUCCAACCAGGAUGGACCUCUGUUUCCAUGGAUACAGGCUGAUGCAGAGUCUGGUAAAGAGCUGGUGAAGGCCUUCAGACACGUGGUGUUUACUAUCUUCACAACCUUCCAGUAUGUAUGUGUGCCGUACCAGCGAGACAUCCUCUCAGAGGUGUGGCAGUACUUUGCAUGUGUGCUUUGUACUAGGACAACACCCUCACAUGUGACACAGGUUUACACAGAGGUUCUACGACACCUGCCCUGGGACAGACUCACUCCAAGCAUUCCAGUCCUACACUCUAUGGUGCAGCUUAAGGACACCAACAGUGCUGAAAGUUUUGAGUUACUGGCCCACAUUGUAUGCCAGGUGGACUGGACUAGUGUACUUCAGUUCUACAGUCAGUCUUACCCAGGGGAAUCCUUCCCUGGGGAGGGGCAGGGCAAGGUUCUGAACUGUGUCCUCAUCCUCUUCACCCAGAGUUUUGGCGAUCAGAAACACAUUGAGAUCCCCAUGCUUGAACAGAAGAUGCAGAUAGCAGAGAAAUAUGAUUGGCAGAUGUUGACCUCUGACAGUUUCCGCCAUGCCUGUAAUUGGCUGCUUCAGACUUGUGACCCAGCAUGUGUGUUGGUGGAAAGGUCUUCAUCAACUGCUCUAGGCAUAAGAUUGAUCAAAGCAGCAUCAGGAUUCAGUGUCCACUACUCCAGUCAGUGGACAUCCGAAUUGUCCUCCAAGCGUCAGUGUUAUGUCCACACAGUCGUCCAGCUCCUGUGUCAGUGUACUUUUUCGACCAACACUAAUUUGGGGACUCUGUCUACUGCCAUCCUCAACCUCAUGACUGAAGUAGAGACUGUCAGUGCCUCAGUGGUGGAUUUGAGAAUGCAACGAGAUGAAACCUUAGAUUUGGUAAAAGAAAUCUUUGGUUUACUAAACAACUGUAACCCAGAAAACAGUUCCCUGGAUGUUGUCAUGACAACGGUCAUCGAGUGGCUGCAGUCAUCACCACAGAGCAUUCUCCUGUUGCCUUGUGUCAAGGCUGCAUCUCGUUGUCUUGCCUCCCACUCACAGAUUGUAUGCAUUGUGGAAGAAUGCAUCCAUGUGUAUUUUAAGGGAGGUAUGGACCAGACUGCCGGUGGAGGAUGGGACCAGGUGUUAGCUGCUAUACAGAUACCAGACUUAAAUACCGAAGAGUUCCUGGACACUGCCCUACAGGAAGAGUCCUAUCUAUUGUUAUAUGGUUACUGUGUCCUUCAGCAACCCCUCUGUCUAGAUGCUGGACAAUUCUCAAACCUUGUAAACAUUAUAUUGACCUGGAUCAAUAAAGCUAAGCCAACUGCUGAAAACGAAUCCAAGCUGAUGCUGCUGUGCUUUAAGCUGCUGGAUCUUGUGCUGCGACAGCUUGACUUUGGAACUAAGCAUGCAUACUGCAUCAAGACUCUCAAUGCCUUUGUAUCAGCUCUACAUCAGAUGGGAGAGGACCGAGCCUCAACUGGGAUCCUCGGAGCUAUCGGUUUGGGCAAACGAUCCACACUGUCAACAAAGUUUCGUGUCAUUGCUCGCAGUCUGUCAGCAAUGGUGUCCUCACAGAUAUAUGGAGACACACUACUGCGCAUGCAGCCAAAUGAACCACUUGCCAACACCACUCAGACAAAGACUGAGAUUGCAGCUCUUCAGGCACUGAAGUCCAAUAAGCAGUAUCAACAGUAUCGAAGCCAAAUUCAGACAGCAUGUGACAUUGUUAAGAAUGAAAGCAAUUGUCUGCAGGAUGUCUUUAUACUACUGCGUAGUAUGUGUGUGGCAUUCUACCCAGAUAAGGAAUAUCUGUCAGUGAUUAACCAGUACAAAUAACUUCAUCAGAACAUAAUCACAGGUCAUGUGAUCUGUUAUAUAUAUCAUAGCCACAGGUCAUAUGAUCUGUUUUGUAUAUACUGCAUCAUGUUAUAGCUUCAGAGCAUGUGAUCAGUAUGUAUACUUUAUCAGAGCAUAGCUUCAUUACAGGUCAUAAUAUCUGUUGUAAUCUUUAUCAAAGCCUAGCUACAGUACUGGUCAUAUGACCUGUUUGCAACUUUCAUUAGAGCAUUGCUACAGAUCAUGUGAUCUGUUUGUUUACUUCAUCAGACCACAGGUAAUGUGAUAUGUUUGUGUACUUCAUCAGAGCACAGGUCAUGUGAUCUGUUUUUUUACUUCAUCAGAGAACGGAUCAUGUGGUAUCUUGCCAAGUAACACCUUGAUGUUGUACUGUCAUUGGUGUACCUAUAAAAAGCUUUGAACUUUUAUCCAUUGUAAAAUACAUGUGGAAUGUGAUAGGAGAAAUAUUUUGAAUCAUAAUUCAACAGACAUGCAGUAUGAUUGAGAAACCAGUUUUGUCAUUAGUCUAAAUAUUCUGACAUUCUAUCUUUUGAUCCAUGCGCAAUGAUAUGCAUGUGAAAAUGACAAUUGCUUUCCACAGUCAUCAUUUGAAUGCCAACUCAGGUGCUGGUCACUUAUUUCUCUCACUUUAUGUAGUGCUGGAGUUCUGAUAUUCUUUGAUUCUUGGUCGAUAUAAAAAAGUUGAUGGAACAUCAGAAUUAUUCUGACUAUUUUGUUUUGUGAUACAGACAUUGUGAUAAAUAAAUAUCUCAUGUGAUACUUAUGCUACUAAUGAACACAUCAUGUGAUAUAUUGUUAUAAAUAACAUUGUCAUGUGAUACAUUUCUGUAAUUAACCUUUUAUCUUGUUUGACGUUCAGUGAGGUUUACGUAGCCACCAGCUACCACACACAGACUCUGCGACUGUCCGUGGAGUGAUCAACCCUGCGAACAAACUGUGAACCAGUGAUUAUUGUCUUGUACUUCGUGUUAAUAGACUUGUAGCUUUAAAUUAUGAUUUGUAGAAAAGUGUUUAUAUUUGAUUUUGUAGCUGUAGUAUAUCAGAUUCGCUAUACUUCAUCUUAAAAUUUCUGUUUAUGUCCUUAAUCAAAACUUCUAUAUAUGUACUAAGCUAUUGGGAGAAAUGAUAAUUUUUUUUUAACGUUGUUUAAUAAGAAGCUCAUAAAGGCUAAUAUAAACCCAGUCCUGUUAUAAACAGAUUUACGUUUCACUUCAUAUUUUCAAUAGUUUAAUAAAUUAUGAAUAACUUGGAUGAAAUGUAACUUCAAAUUAAUUGUGUAGGAAGACAGUCGUCCAUUUCAAUAAAUUAUGUAGGUAAGAUACAGUAUCAGAAGAACGAAAGAACAGGCAAGUCCUAUAUCAGUACAGAGUUCUUCCAUAGAAGAUGCUACCCAUUUUUACUGCUAAUUAGUCUGGAUCGCAUUUCCUGUUUGUCGUUUCCUAUUGUUAGCUGUAGUAUAAUGUACCUGUCCGUGUAAAAACUGAAUCUCCAGAUGUCUCAAAGAGCUUCAUAAUACAGUAAAGUAACUCUUGUAGUAUUGAUUCAUCUAGUUAGAGUUUCCUUCCUGGUACAUUUACGUUGUUUAAGAAAAACCAAAUCUUUAAUUAAUAUUUUUAUUUUCUUUGAUUUGAAUGUCUUUUAUUACAUGUCCAACUAACUGUGCAAUUACAUGACCUCCAUUAUCAUUAUAAUGUACAUGUUGUAUAUAAAAUUGAGAUUUUCUUACAGUAAAUUAUAUUGUAGUGAAAUAUAGGAAGGUCAGAACCUGUAUAGCCAUACCUUUUGCUUAAGUUCAAUAGAACCUAUCAUCAACCUUGCCACUGGUACAUGUACAUAUAAUAAUCAAAAUACAUAUUGAAAAUUGUUUAAAUACUCAUCUCUGUGAAUUCUUACUCUUGAAUCUUGUUAUUGAGAUUGUAAGAAUGUAUAAACACAUCAGUUAUAAAAUGACAUGUAUGAUUGUAAGCCAUACAAUAUCUUUUACUCAUCUGAAUGUCCAGAAAUAUCAUAUUUUGAUGUCCUUUAUACAUGAUAAUCCCAGUCUGACACUUUAUGUGCUAACCCCAAUGGCUUAUUGCUAGAUGUAUAAAGUAAUGGAACAGAGGUAGCAUCACCAAAAUAUCUUAGUUUGUCCUGUAUUGUAGCCCAGAAGAUGGAGAUCGGAGAGGUUGGAAUGAGGUUAAAGUUGAGAUGGGAAAGGGAGUAGUUAAGAUUGCAUUGGGAGUUGUUUGGAUUGGGGCUAAGAGUGGGCAGAAUGGAUUGGGGCUAAGAGUGGGCGGAAUGGA